AUGAUUAAGCAAAUGGAAAUUAUUGGCGAUAGCAAGGUCGGUAUCCUUGACGGUGAAGCUGACGUCCUUGGUUUAUGCCGACAAAUUGCGAUGAAUAAGGAUAAAGAUGAUAACGACGAGGCCUUCAUGCUUGUCGACCUGGACCUUGUUUUUGAGCGGUAUCAACUGUGGAAACGCGAAUUACCGAUGAUUGAGCCGUUCUACGCAGUAAAAUGUAACACGGAUCUCGUCCUGCUGCGCACAUUGGCUGCGUUAGGAGUUGGUUUCGAUUGUGCAAGCCGAGAAGAGAUCGAUAUUGUCAUGGAUUUGGGCGUGAGUGCUGAUCGUAUCAUCUAUGCAAAUCCGUGCAAAACACGUUCGUUCAUCAGUCAUGCUAAGGAGAGAAAUGUCACCAUGAUGACAUUUGAUAAUGCUGAAGAGUUGGCAAAAGUGGCAACACUACAUCCUGAUGCUGAGAUGAUUCUGCGUAUCGCCGUAUCCGACCCUACCGCUACCUGCCCACUGAACCUCAAGUUCGGAGCUGAUCCGGUGAAAGUUGCCCCUCAGUUGCUCGUGCAGGCGAAGCAGAUCGGAGUGGAAGUCGUUGGCAUCAGUUUCCACGUUGGUUCGGGAUGCAACGACCCGACCGCAUACCGUGAAGCUCUAGCUCAUGCAAGAAAUCUCAUGGAUAUAGGAGAAGGAUUGGGUUUCUGUAUGAAAAUAUUGGAUCUAGGAGGAGGAUAUCCCGGAUCUGCACAUCACACCUCGUUCGAGAGUAUUGCCGCAGUGAUUCGUUCUGCUGUGGACGAAUUCUUCCCGGAAGGUAUGGGUGUACGUCUGAUUGCUGAACCGGGAAGAUUUUUCGCAGCUGCUCCUUUCACUCUUGUCUGCAAUGUUAUCCAUGCAACUGAGGUGUCGGCUGAAAAGAUCACGAAGCAACCGGAAGACUCAGAACAUACUGGAUAUAUGUACUACAUCAACGAUGGUGUCUACGGUUCCUUUAACUGCAUUCUUUUCGAUCACGUUCAACCGGAGGGAGUGCCUCUCUUUGAUGAAAUUGCCGAAGAAUAUCCAACCACUAUUUGGGGACCCACAUGUGAUAGUUUGGAUAAGGUUGAGGAUAAGAAACAUAUGAGACGUCUAUCAGUAGGCGAUUGGAUCCUAUACUCAAACAUGGGAGCGUACACCUGUUCUGCUUCCACAACUUUCAAUGGAUUUCAGAGACCAACACCCGUUUACGUAAUAAACAGAGAGAAUUGGUCAGAAAUUUCUUCAUCCCCUUACAUCUAA